AUGCUUACCCAGUCCUGCACAUGUGCGGACUACAUCACUAAGUUCAGAGCCCUUGCAAUGGAACUGGACUGGAACAAUGCAGCCCUUCAAGGCCAGUUUGCCCAAGGCCUCCACUGGGAGGUCAGCUGCCAAAUUGCUAUGCGCAAACACCGUCCCUGGACCCUCCUCAAGCUGCAAAAUGCAGCCUUGGUCAUCAACAACGCCCUCCAAGAGGAGCGUGCCAGCCACCCGCCUAAGGGUAUUAAGACUGGCAGCUCAACUGCCCCCAACAGGGGGGCAAGUACCAGCCAACAGGCCACCACAACCAAGCAACUUUCCAACAACCCCAACUUUGUCUUGGAAGAAGAGAGGAACCACUGCUGUGCCAAAGGCGCCUGUAUCAAAUGCAGCAAAAUGGGCCACAAGUUUGCUGGGCACCAUACAGGCUGGAAGGCUACCCCAAAGGAGGACAAUGGGAAGGCAAAGGAAACCGCCAAGGUUGGCAAAGAGUCCAGACCCAAAAUCUCUCCCCUAUUCACAAUUUCAGUCAAACCAGAGAAACAAGCGGAAAACCUAGAAGUCCUGAUAGAUUCAGGCGCCACAUCCUUGUUCCUACACCCCUGCACUGCUGAAGCACUAUGCCUACCACUCAUUGACCUCCCACAACCCCGUACCAUUCCUAUGCUCAAUGGGUCAAGCCCCCAGGCUGGAAAGAUUUGGAAAAAGGCUCACUUAACCUUCCUCUUUGAUGGCAAGCGCAUGACAGAAACCUUCCUGAUUUGCUACACUGGAACGCACGCUGCCAUCUUGGGAAUCAAAUGGUUAGAAACCCAUAACCCUGAAAUUGACUGGAACUUGUGCACACUCUCCUUCCCUCACAACCCACCAGAACAUGUGGCUAUUUGUCCUGGACACAGUCACAUGACCAGUACAAGUGGUUGCAUGCUGGCCCAAGCCCAAAUUUGGGGGGUAGCAGGUGUAAUCAUGGGUUUUCUAUUUUCCUCUGUUUAUGACACUAUUGCCAAAGAAGAAGAAGCUGACAAGAACCCCCUUGCAGGAGUACCCUCCAAAUACCACCCCUAUGCCAAGGUAUUUGGAGAAGAAGAAUUCAACAAGCUUCCACCUGUCCUAGACGUCUGUAAGGAUGUUGAGGAGCUAUACUGCAAUGACCAGAGCCGUAAGGGCAAUAACCAACUAGGACCCUUGAACAGUCCCUUGUACAGCAUGACAGAUGCCAAAUCCACAACUCUCAAGGAUUGGCUAAGGGAUGAACUUAAGGCUGGGAAGAUCAGACCCAGUAAAUUGUCUAUCAGCUCCCCUGUUAUGUUUGUUCCAAAGAAGGAUGGUUCCUGCCAAUUGGUUGUUGACUACCGCCGCCUCAAUAACUGGGCAAAGAAGAAUGUUUAUCCGCUACCCUGUCCUAACAACCUUAUGGCCCAGCUCUGUGGCACCAAGGUCUUCACCAAAUUGGAUCUACAAUGGGGCUACAACAACAUCUGCGUUAAAGAAGGCAACAAAUGGAAAACUGCUUUCUGCACUAAGUACGGCCUAUAUGAAUCCCUGGUUAUGACAUUUGGCCUGACAAACGCCCCUGCUGCAUUCCAACACUUCAUGAACAAACUAUUCAAAGAUCUGUUGGACAUAUGUGUCAUUAUUUACCUAGAUGACAUCCUAAUUUACUCCAAGGAUAACGCAUCCCAUACCCAGCACGUUCACAAAGUCCUGAAACAGCUAAUGGAUAACCAACUAUUCUGUAAAGCCUCCAAAUGCACCUUCCAUGUCACAUCUGUGGAAUAUCUGGGUAUAAUUGUAUCAGACAAAGGUUUCAGCCUGGAUAAGCUUAAAAUCCAGGCCGUCCAGGAAUGGCCAACCCCAUCUAGGGUUAAGGAAGUACAGUCCUUCUUGGGAUUUGCAAAUUUCCUCUGCUGCUUUGUUGCCAACUUCAGGCAUAUGGCUAGGCCAUUACACAACCUAGUCAAGAAGGACACUGUCAUGACCUUUAGAUGGGAUACUGAGGAACAGGAAGCAUUCCAAGGUUUAAAGGAAGCCAUCACCAAUGCCCCAGUACUCUGCCAUGCCAAUCCUGAUAAACCCUACUUCCUUGAGACAGACGCUUCAGGAGCUGCCCUAGGAUCCAUAUUGAGCCAACAACAGGAAGACAGAUGCCUGCAUCCCUUAGGGUUCUUAUUGGAAUCUUUCAAAGGAGAGGAACAGAACUAUGAUACACAUGACAAGGAGCUUCUUGCCAUCAUCUGUUCCUUUGAAUACUGGUGCAUCUUCCUGGAAGGAACAAGGCAUCCUGUCACUGUUUUCACAGACCAUUGGAAUUUGGAAUAUUGGAAGGAGUCCUGCACAUUCAACAGAUGCCAUGCAAGGUGGCACCUCCUACUAGCUGGGUAUAACUUCCAAAUAGUCUACCAACCUGGGAAACAAUCAGGAAUACCAGAUGCGCUCUCUUGCUGUUUGGAUCAUGCCAACAUACCCCCUGCCACUCAAACCAUGCUCCCAGAACCAGUCUUUGCCAAUACCGCGCUAGUCACACCGGAAAAAGAACUACAGCAUCAGAUCAAGUCAUCCCUUGACCAGGACAAGUCUUUGGAAGAAAUCUUGCAGUUUGUUACAACCCUCUAA